UACUGACAGAGCGAGGAGCCCCUGUCUGAUGCGCGCGGAGUCCGAUGAACGGACUUUCCGCUGGCAUCUCGGAAAACCCUCCCCCGCAGACAUGCGUGGGCCGUGGUUGUGUCUGUCUCUCACCUUUCUCGCCACCGGCCUCGGUAGGUCGGGCGCACAGGAAUACAACGACUCCGGGGGUCUGUUUCUGGAUGCGGAAGGGGCGCUGAACUUGUCAGACCAGCGUGCGUCCAACCUUACAAAUGUCUUCUCACUUGACUUGGACGAGGGCAUGCUCGCUGACUGGCGUUCCAUGGCGGGUAAAAAGCGUUACGGGGGGGAGUCCCACAACCGGGGGGUGAAAGCCUUACUCGUCGUUGCUUACUCGUUCAUCAUUGCCAUAUCGCUGUUCGGGAACACUCUGGUGUGCCAUGUGGUGAUCAAGAACAGAAGGAUGCACUCUGCCACAAGCCUGUUCAUCGUUAACCUCGCCGUGGCCGACAUUCUCAUCACACUUCUCAACAUGCCCUUUACUCUGGUCCGUUUCGUAAACAGCAGCUGGGUUUUCGGGAAAGGGAUGUGCCACAUCAGCCGAUUCGUACAGUACUGCUCCCUGCACGUAUCCACACUCACUCUCACGGCAAUUGCUCUGGACAGACGGCAGGUGAUUCUCCACCCUCUGAGGCCACGCAUGUCCCCGGCUCGCGGCGGUGUGUGCGUGAUUCUAAUCUGGGUCCUGGCCAGUGUUUUCUCCCUGCCGCAUGCCAUCUAUCAGAAGCUGUUGACCUUGGUGUACAGUAAAGAGAAGGUGCGUAGCCUGUGCGUCCCCGAUUUCCCCGAGCCCUCUGACGUGUUCUGGCAGUGCAUAGACCUCCUCACCUUCAUCCUCCUCUAUGUCCUGCCCCUACUCAUCAUCUCCGCCGCGUACUCCACCGUGGCACGCCGCCUGUGGCGCCGGAAUGCCAUCGGGGACACCACCACCGCGCAGUUUGCCGCGCAUCGGCGCAAGCGUCGGCGCACGCUGGCCAUGUUGCUAGUGGUUGUCGGGGUGUUUGCGGUCUGCUGGUUCCCCCUGAACUGCUACGUGGUUCUGCUCUCCAGUCAGGCCAUUCGUUCGUCCAAUGCCCUGUAUUUCUGUUUCCACUGGUUGGCGAUGAGCUCGACGUGUUACAAUCCCUUCAUCUACUGUUGCCUGAACCCCGCCUUCCGCCAAGAGCUAAGGCUCCUAUUGGGAAUGUGCCAGAAGAGGGGGCGCGUCGGUGUGAGACCGGAGCUGGCGGCUCCGCCCUCGUGUGCCCCCUGCCACCGUGCCGCCUGGCCGCAGAGCCGCACCUCCUCUCGGCCUAGCCACGCCUCUUCACAACCGAGCCACGCCUCUUCUAGGCCAAGCCACUCGUCGUCAUACCACCAGCCUCCCAAAGACAGCCACGUCAUCUUCUCCACUAGCCACGCCCAUAAAACAGACAUCCUAUCAGUGGAACCCAUAGUAGCUAUCAGUUAACUACAACUUCCAUAUGCACUUGGAGCUAAUACAAGUGUAAGGUAAGUUCUGUUCAAGGACUGUGUGAUUACCCUCGGACAGCAGGGGCUUUUGAACAGGAAAUGUAAUAUAUUUAAAACACCAGCAAACUACUCCAGCAUUUCCCCAAGCCAGGGAGUGGCCUGAUUUUAAAAGGUUGUUAAGAGGGAAACAAUAAAAAAAUAUUACAACACUACCAGCUGCGUUAAUGUCAACUCGCAAAAAACACUCAGAGAUUAACAAAACGAUCUGAAAGCCAGGCUCCGGUAAUGCCACUGUGGUUUGUUAUUCAUAUUGUUUUUUCCUCUUGUGCAUUGGUUUACAGACAUGUAUUUUUUCACCCACAAGUUUAUUACGGCUGAUUGAUCGGGAUUAUACGCACUGACAGGCAACUAUAUGAAAAGAUUGGAGAAAGCAGUCUACAUACAGUGGGAUAGAAAAUGCUUGAUGUUUGAUUAGAUGAUCAUGUAAAUUAAAUGAAACUGUCGUGGAGAAUCCUCAUAUUUCACUCAAUAGCACAGUUUAAUGAAAAUAUUUAUUUUAUCUAUUGAGAAAAAAGAAAUGGAUUGGUCCUAGAAUGAUAUGUGGUGCUCUUGAUACAAAACAUGUAUGCCUUGUUUUUACUUUGGUAAAUGUUAUUGUAAUGUUAGUCUUUGGUUGUAAGUCAUGGUGAAAGUUAAAUGGAAAUUUCUAAGCGUUUACAAAAAGUUAUCUUUGAGCCAGUACGUUAGGAAGAGCUGGUUAAUUUAUUAAAUGAUUCUCAUAUGUAUAUGUAGAUUUGUUGAUAUUUUCAAAUAAUAUUAUUGAAUCUAUUUAAUUAGUGUACAUAAAAAUGUGGUUUAAAAACAUGUAAUUUAACUGACAUGUUAGAUUGGCAUUUUUAAUGUGAAGAGUAUCUGAUUCCAUUAUGAAGCUUUUACAUACAUACUAUGACAGUAUUUUUUUUACAGUUGCUACUAGAAUGAAAUUGUCAGUCGAAUGUUUCUUCUAACGCAUUGAUUCUGUUAACUUCCUUGUUGAGCAAAUAGUGUAAAAAGCAGCGGAACAGCGAGGCGGACUAUGUCUUGGAGAAGGAGUGUCCCGAUUUUCAAUUCUCCCAAACUCAAUGUGACUUGCUUCCUGAAUGAGUGAGCAUGGUAAAAAAAAAAAGCAGAAAAGCUUGGUGAGAGAUGAACACUGGAGGACACAAGGCCAUCAUUUAUGACUGGACAUCAGGAUAUUAGGAGGCAAACAACUACGGGUAACUACUAACUGUUUGGUUGUCGAUUACAUCACUGUUAAUAGAUUUGAUAACAUUUUUCAUAUGGUGGGGUUUCAAAAAAUGUGUAUAUCAAAAAAGGGUCAUGGGCCACGAAAGUCUGGAAUACUCUGUAAGUACAAACAUAUUACGUAUACUAGAUAGACAUUCACUGAACUGUAGUCAUUCAUUACAAAUUCAUAAUGUUCACUACAUCUGUUUUUGGAGUACAUUUUCUCUCUCUCUUUAUCUUCUGAAUUUAUUGCCUUCUUUUAAGAAGUCGACAUAUAAAUCAAAUUAUUGCCCGCCCCAUAAGCUGGGACACCACUUGUGCCAACAGAUGCUGUUUGUUCCACAAUCCCUUUGCUACAAAAAAUUUAAGUCUCAUGACAUGCCUCUUAAUUGUUUUGGCAUUCAGCUCUAUAAUGUUAUAGUCUGGUUGCUAUGGUUUACACCCCUGCGUGAAAUCAUGUUGCUCCUUGCAUUCCGAUUGUUUUGUUGUGGAUCUCUGCCAGUUUUUUUUAAUUCAAGUUUAAGAACAAAUGUUCUAUUCUAUCCAGUGGGCAAGAUGUGAGUUCAGUAUUUUACCCCCAGAGUUUCACUGCUUCUGACUGGGAGUUUCAGCAAGGCGAAUGUUGUUAUUGUCAAAAUCCAUUCAUAAGUUUUAGCAAUUAGUGAUGGGACGUACUUAUAACCAUUGACUGUAAACAAAAGUUUGACAAUGAAAUAACAACUUCUUCAAUGUUAUAUUACCUGAUGUAUUAAUCUGUUGGAAAUUAGGCACUCAGUAACCUCAUUCUCACAUUCUUACAGAUAAUGGAAACAUCUUUUGGGGUUCUAUUACUUCUAUUACAUCUUUUGGGGUUCUAUUACUGGCACCUGCAGAACCUUUCCUGUUGAAAAAGGUUUCCAGAGGAUCCCCUCUGAAGAAGAUCAUAGAAGGAUCCCUGUGUGUAGGUUCUAACCUGAAUCUCUGCAUGAAGGGGGAUGGGAGGGGUUCAUUUUUGGAUUGUAGAGGUGGCAGCCUAUCCAGUCAGCAUAGGUGAUUGGAAGCAGGCUUUGAGACAGCAUUUUUUGACUUCCCUAUAACUUCAUACACAUUUGUUAGGCUUAUUGGAGCUACAGAGGUGACCCUAUUAAAUGACUGUAUCUAAUGACUUCUACUAAUAAUGACAUAUUUUAACAUACUCGUGUUGUUUUCUUUCAUUCAAGUUGUUUUUCAGAAUAUUUUGAUUGUGGAUGCUAUGAUGAACUUUUGAAUGACAGACAUGAGCUUCAUCAAUACUGUAUGUUAUAUGCAUUUGAUGGUUGUUGAGAAUUCCCCUUUAUGUUUGCGUUCUGAAAUCCAUAUUGCAUUGUCCCUUUCUCAUUAAAGACUGCACUUUCAUUUAAAUGAAUCGUAGGUUUUAAUGAAAUUAAUGAAUGAAAGGAAUGAAUGUUUCAAUUUAAAUGUUAAAUUGUUAUACUCAGCCCUUGAAAGAUAGCAGUGUGUGUGCGUGUAUAUGCAUUGGGGGGGUUAGUAAAGUUACUGUUCUUUUUUUGUUGUUUCGUAACGGCUUAGAACCGGCAUCUAGUUAACAGAGCGUUCAUGUCUAUUCUGAACUUCACUUUUCUAAAACCCAUUAGAGUGCAACGCGUUAACGAUGGCUGCUGUGAUUCAUUUAUAAUGAUAUACAUUUGGGCUCUAUUUUUUCUCAUUCCAUGAGGGGUCUGUAAUUGAAUGUGGUGUGUGUUGCAGUCUGUUUUUAUGAACUGUCAGAAUUCAUGCAAACUGGAGAAAUGCUGUCAGUGUUCGUAUUCUCAGGUCUAUUAUACAAUGAUUGAACAACAGUCUUUAUAUUAACAGUGCAUGAAAGACCAGUGGUUAAUUGUUGUGAUUGAUGUUUUUAAGUGUUGAUCUUACUCCAUUAUGCUGUUACAUACAUCGAUAGAAGUGCAUUUUGGACCUCUAAUUU